AAAGACAGUCCACUCCAUAAUGUCAGUCUCUUCGAAGCACUCACAAAACACAUAACCCCGCGAUAUCCAAUGCCAAUCUGCAUAGAAUGUCGUUAUCCUGUCAAGGCCCUCUACACCGAGUACUCCGGUGCCGAUGAUCGCUCCAGCGGCCAUGGAGUACGGCUCACUGUCUGCAAGAACUGCGGGAGGUUCUGCGACAAAUACGUAGAGCAUGACUUUGUGGUUCUAUUUAUUGAUCUAGUUUUGAUCAAGCCACAAGUCUACAGACAUCUUCUACAUAACACUUUGAUGCGAGAGCAGGACCAAUUCGAUCCCUCCAUAAUCCGCCUUGGUGUCUUACUCCUCCUCUUCGACGUCUACCUAACUUGGGCACGGAUCGAGAAGCAAACAUCCAGUACCGCCAACUCCUCUAGCGACGAUAACUUCCUCUUAUUAGCCCAACAACCAAUAGUCUUUCAAUACGUCUUCUUCCUUAUACUCUGCGCCCUCUCAACACUAGCUUUCCACCUCUCGAUACGUUUCCUCACCUCGUCUCCCUUCUCACCACUUGUCCUAUUCGGGUUUAUACCUCGAUAUCCACGCCCAAAUUCUGUGAGCACGGCGUUGCUAGUGUCAUCUUCUACGAAGCUGUUUCCUAUCUUGAUGGUCAUCUGGGAAUAUGAUGUGCCAGCAGCAGCUAGGUCACUCGGUUGGGCAGUUGUUGCAAACAAUGUGGAAGCUUUGAAGAUCUUAUUGGAUUGUGGGUAUGGGACGGCUGGGAUUUUGGCGACUGUUGGUGCUAUUAGUAGGUGGAUGGUAGGCAGAGGGAUUCUUUGGGCGGUGGGCCUGGAUGGUGUCGAUACUGUCGGAGAUUCUGGUGUUGCUGAUGAUGGCAAGGCGCUUUGGGCUCUGGUAGAGUUGGGAAAGGUAUGGGGUGGCAGAUUGGGUUUAGGAUAGCCAAGCCAUUCGAAAGCAUUAUACCAUUGGUCUGCAACUUCUCGAGCAGGGCAAAAUUCAAGCCAUGAUAGCAAUGUGCCAAGUUGUUCACAAGUCACUUUCCUUCAAGUGUGAAAAUCUCAUCUGCCAGGUAUUGUAUGGUAUC